GGUGAUUCCGAUCACUAAAAAAGCGGGCUAAUUUAUCCAUAAACAUGGAGGAUAUUCUCGAUAAGUUCAACACGUUCACUGAAAAGCCGGUCAAGUUUUUGACCGUUCAAAAAGAUGUUAAGGACGACAUCACGAGUUUGGUUAAAUCUCUUUACGACCUCACAAAAUCUGAAGAAAUUGGUGAUGGAACGAAGAGAAAAGGCCCUGCUCUGCCUAAAUUGAUAGUUAAAGAUUUCGAUGAAGAGCAGAUAUGGCAGCAAAUCGAUCUGCAAAACACGCAGUGCUGGGAUCAACUCGUAUGGGACGUAGCUAACAGCAUAUCAACAAAUAAAGAUCUUGCCUUCCCUGUGAAGAUCAAAGAUGAAGAAGAUGAGUCACAGGAUGAAGAAAUGGAGACCAAAAGGCAGUCAGAGGAAGAAAUGGAAGAAAGGGAAGAAAAACCUAAGACUAAAAAUAAAAAGUCACAGAAGUCUAAUUUAAACAAGAAGACUAAAAGUUCAAUAGUUGAUGAUCAGUUUUUCAAAUUGAAUGAAAUGGAGCAGUUCCUUCUUCAGGAAGAAAAAGAGAAGAAAGCGGCAUCUGACUCAGAAGACUCAAUAGACUUAUUUGACGAUGUUGAUGAUGAAUCUGGUGAAGAGGAUGCUCAAGGCAUGUAUAAUGACUUCUUUGAUAAUGAAGAUGGCGAAGAUGAUGAAGGUGAUCACGAUGACAGUGGAAAUGAUGAAGACAGAGACCAUGAAGAAGAGAAGUCUGAAGUUAGAGAUAAAAAAUCUAAGAAAAAAGAUAAGAAAGUCAGGUUUGCUGCUAUGGAAGACAGUGAGUCGGAUGAUGAGAGUGCUGUUGAAAAUGAUGAGCCUGACAAUAAAAAGGAUAACAAUGUGGAUGAGCAUAAGUCCGAUUUUGAGCAUAGACAAGACCGUCUAAAGCAAACUAUUAAUAGACUUGAAGAAAAAAUGCUUAAAGAAGCACCCUGGCAAUUAAAAGGAGAAGUAGACGCAGUGAAGAGACCACAGAACUCCUUAUUAGAGGAGGUCGUUGAUUUUGAUUUAACAUCGCGACCACCACCUAUCAUUACGGAACAAACAACAGUAACCCUCGAAGAUAUCAUAAGGCAAAGAAUCAAAGAUAAAGCAUGGGAUGAUGUAGAAAAGAAAGAGAAACCGGUUGAUGACCAGCUAAAAUUCCGUAAAACGGAAAUCAUUGAUCAGUCAAAGAGCAAGCUGAGUCUCGCUCAAGUUUACGAAGCGGAGUAUUUAAAGCAGAAGCAAGCAGCGUCAGGAGAGAAGGAAGAAAAAGAGGAACCGGAAGCGCAUAAAGAAGUUAAAGAAGCUAUGAAGAAAUUGUUCGCUAAACUUGAUGCUCUCUGCCAUUAUCAUUACACACCGCGAGCGCCACAAGCAGAAGUUAAGAUCGUUAGUAACACUCCAGCUAUAUCCAUGGAAGAGGUUGCCCCGGUCGCUACCAGCGACGCAGCCUUACUUGCUCCAGAGGAAGUCAAAAAGAAGCGUAGAGGCGACUUAAUGAGUAAGGAAGAGAGGAGCUCAACAGACAAGAAGAGGGAACGGAGGAAGAAAAAGCAACUGCAGCGUAAGAAGGGCACCGUUGCUAAGGUUACGGAGCAUAGGAAUACUACGAAGGGAGUGGAAGCGAAUGAUAAGUCUUUGAAGACUUCAAAGGCAUUCUUCCAGCAGUUGAACGAUGAAGCAACGAGUAUAAUUAAGAAAAAACGUAAAAAUAAAGGACAAUAAUCAGAGCUUGGUAGAUAAUUUGUAUUAAAUGUGAAAGACUAUGUCUUGUUGAUA